ACAAAAGAGGAAGAAGAAGAAGAAGGGCUCUGCGUGCCUUGUUCCGUCAGGUCAGAGGUCAAUCUGCGCGCCUCUCAUCCUCACAUCCACUAUUAUAAGCAGCUCCGUGACAAACAAAUAACUUAAACACCAAACUUAAUAAAACAGCUCCGGUAAAGCUACAAAACGCAGCAGCUCCUUGUGUUUUCUACAUCGGGAAGCUCGCUGAUUGUCUUCAGCUCGUCGGUUAGCCCGGCUAGCUGCGUUAGCUGCUGAAGGAAGUUACUAACAGGCUCAACUCCAAGCUAACUAACCGAAGCUGACAUUUCUCUUGACGGGAGCACGACAAACCAAAAGCAGACAUGCAGGAUCUACUGGCCAACGUGGAUCAUAUCAAGUUUGACCUGGAGAUCGCUGUGGAGCAGCAGCUGGGGGCGCAGCCGCUGCCUUUCCCCGGCAUGGACAAGUCCGGCUCUGCUGUGUGUGAGUUCUUCAUGAGAGCAGCGUGUAUAAAAGGCGGGAUGUGUCCGUUCCGUCACAUCAGUGGAGAGAAGACGGUGGUGUGUAAGCACUGGCUCAGAGGACUGUGUAAGAAAGGAGACCAGUGCGAGUUUCUCCACGAGUACGACAUGACCAAGAUGCCUGAAUGCUACUUUUACUCCAAGUUUGGUGAGUGUAGCAACAAGGAAUGUCCGUUCCUGCACAUUGAUCCCGAGUCCAAGAUCAAAGACUGCCCCUGGUACGACCGAGGCUUCUGCAAACACGGUCCUGACUGCAGACACAGACACACAAGGAGGGUGAUCUGUGUGAAUUACCUGGUGGGCUUCUGUCCAGAAGGAAAAUCCUGUAAAUUUAUGCAUCCCCGUUUUGAGUUGCCGAUGGGAGCUUCUGAACAGCCUCCUCUACCACAACAAACCCAGAACCAGACAAAGCCUGUACCUACCAUCGGCCGCUCCUCGCUCUCUCUAAUCCAGUUGACCAACUCCAGUCCAGGCCAGCGGCCGCAGAACCACGUCAUGAACGCCGGUGCUCAGCAAAAUAACAUGACGUCCAACAGAGGGCCUCGGCCACUGGACCAGGUCACCUGUUACAAGUGUGGAGAGAAGGGCCACUACGCCAACAAAUGCACUAAAGGCCACCUCGCCUUCCUGAGUGGACAGUAACCUUCAGUCUCAAGGUCCUAACACCGCAGUGCUGUAGCUCGCCUCCCUGAUGUGAGCAGAGGAGAUGAGAGGAAGAGUAGCUGAAGAGAUGAAGCCCCUCUGCUCCAAAGACUCAAGUUCAACUUAAAGACUUUAACUGCCGCUCUUGUGUGUGUCAUUUCAUACAGACACAGGCAGGAGGGAAGAUAAACAUAGCUACUUUUUCGGUAUUUUGCCUCUUUCAAAAAAACAUGGAUACAUGAAAAUGACAACAAGCAAAAAAAAGACACUGAUGUCACCAUCUGUGUGGCUGUGGUUGAAUGACCUGACUUGCGGGUUAGUCUAAAGUUUUCUAUGUUUGUACUGUAUGGAACACCGACUCUGAAAAAACAGGCACCCAGGGAAACAGGUGCAGAGCUUAAACAUGUUGCUGCUUUUUUUACAGCAUAUUCCUGUUUCCUCAGGUCAUGUGACUGCAUCUGUGAUACCAAACUACUGUUCCUGUUCUGCUAAUCUGAGUAAAUCUCUGACAGUGUAAGUGAAAUAAACCACAGAAAUGUGAUAAGUGCCAGUAGGAAUGUAAAUGGCCGUUUGUACUUUCAACUGUUGUAGUUAAUCAGACUCUGAAUGGAGCUCUGUACACCUUGCAUUAUCUGAAAACCUCUAAAAUUUAGACUAUUGCAUUAGUCAAACAUAAGACUUGUCACCCUCAACUACAUAUUUGUGGUUUUUUGCAAACAUUUUAAAUCCUGGAAAUAGUUCAUUAUUCUCCAGUUGUGUGUGUGUGGAGGCCCUACGUUCUGAAAUCUGAAUACACAUAUUUUAACUUAAAGGAAACGUGGAGGGUGAAGCAGCUCAGCUCAAGUUGUAUCUCAGAGGAUUACUUUCAUUAUUUUGCUGACAGUGGAUACAGUCUGAACAUAUUCUCACAAUCUGUACAGUGUGUACAAAUAAAUGUUUGUUACAGAUGUA